AUGUCUCCAACACAGGCACCAAACGGUUCUCCAGCUUCUUCCCAGAAGAAAACUGCUGAUAACAAGUGCGUUCUUACCACCAAGGGAUGGGUCUGCGCUCUUUGCUUCCCUUUCGAUGAUCCUAGCCGUGCUCUUGAGCGCGUUUUGAACUUUGCUGAGCUCAAGGCUCAUGCUGCCGGCAAUCAUUAUGCUCAACUUGGACAAAAUGAAUGGGAGACCUAUGUUAACAAGUCCGUUUACUACGAGGCUCAUUUCAAGAAUCAAGGCGAUCUUGGCUUGAACGGUGGUGUCAUGCAUGGUCCUCCUACCAUUGCUUUUCGAAAGACACUUACCAAGCAAGCUGGUGUUUCCAAGCGCAAGUACGUUCGCAAGGUCAAGCCUGUUUUUGAGUCUGCUCUUGACCUCAUGGAGAGUAUGAUCAACUUUGAUGGCAACGCUGAUGAUCGUGUCAAAUUCGAAACUCCUGCUUCUCCUGGUGGCAGUCAGGAUGGAAACAGUGAGAUGAGCGAUGUUGAUGUUGGACCAAAUUCCCCACAAACUGACAUUGGCAUUGGUUCUUUCUUUGAUCCAUUUGCUGCUCAUCAUCAAUACAGUAUGCAUCCAAUGGGUGUAUCCCAGGUCGGCACAUCACCAACUACACCACAAGCUAGCGCUAUAUCUUUCUACGGUCAAUCUACUGCUCAGAAUCAAUAUGGCAUGCAUCCAAUAGAAGGAUCUCAGGUUGUCGCCUCACCAAGCACACCAUCUCGCAAGAAGGCUGCUGCUCCCAAGAAUCCUCUCCGUCAACGUUUGAGCGAGAAUCCUUCAUUCGAGUCGGCUGUCUCUGUUCAUGGUCUUGCUCAAGUUCGAGCUGCUGGUAACGCAGGUCUUCAGCGAUAUCUCGAACGUCAAGCUCGUGGUCUUCCUCGCGCAGCCAACGUUCCAUUAACCCUAUCUCCUCCUCGCAAUGGCACCAUGGGUCUUCCUCUUACUGCUGCAAACUACGCUGCUGCUGGUAUGCCAAGCAUUCAAGUUGAGAAGGCUGCUCGACGUACUAAGAAGGUCGAUCGUCGUCGUCAAGCAUCCACUAGCCUCAGCAUUGCUGAUGAUGUUAAUGCCGAUACCUCCCCGUCUACUAACGCUGUCCCGAUCAACCUCUCUCUUAAUGAGUUUGGUGUUCCUGCUACUAUCUUUGGUCAAGCUCCUGGUGCUGUCUACAAAUCUCAUACAUACAAGUCUAUUUAUGCAGAGAUGACUCCCAAGGAACAGCUUCCUCUUCCUGAGUUCUCCCUUCCCGAGCUUUCUCUUCCUGAGCUAUCUCUUCAUGAGCUCUCUUUUCCUGCUGCGAGCAACAACAUUAUUCAACAGGAACCUACUUAUGAUGUAGGCACAGUUGGCAUGUUUGGUGAUGAUCAAGCCACUGGUUUCACUGACGCUUUCAUCGCCAACUUCCUCAAUGAAGACAUGGAAGCUCCCAACAACUUUAACCAAGGCCAAAUUGACAUAUCUCAACAUCAAGUUUUUGGUACUCCAGAGCCUGAGCAACUAACCACUGGCACGAGUCUCGAUACUCCCGACUUGGGCCUUAAUGCCUUCGCUGCUUCUCGUCAUGUUGACGUUGUUUCUCGGCCUGUGGCUCGACCCGUUCCCGUUUCUCGACCUGUUCCUGCUGUUCGGCCUGUUCCUGCCGCUCGGCCUGUUACUCUGCCAGCCAAUCAGGUCUUCAGACCUAGGUCACCAGUCCGUGUGACGCAAAAGGUCCUCAACAAGAGGAACAAGUGGGUUUCGGUGGACGAAGCCCUUGCGGAGGUCGAAGCCUCCGCAAAGGCUAGAAAAUCCACCGAGGUGGAAAAGAAGGUGGAGAAGAAGGGGGCGGCGAAGAAGUCGGCUAGGGCCCUCACUUUUGCGGAAAACCCAUUCGGUUUCCAGGGUUUCGCGGGUCUCAAGAAUCUCGAGGCUCUCAAGAAGCACGGCCCUUCAAAGCCAUCUAGUUCUUAA